UCAAUGGAUUCAUGUGUUUCAGAACCCGAACCAGCUUCAUCUGCAACUCUCAGCAAGAAUGCUCUUAAGAGAGAAAGGAGAGCAGAGAGGCAGGUCAGAGAAGAGGAGAAAAAGAAGGUUAGCACAAUCAGGACAUCACAGAAUCAAAGGCAACAGGCUGCAGAUGAUGAUACCAUUGAUCCUACACAAUAUCUGAGGAACAGAAUAAAAAGCUUGGCAUUGCUGAAGGAAUCCGGUUUCGAUCCAUACCCUCAUAAGUUUGUGGUUUCAAUGUCUAUCACGGAAUUUAUUGCCAAAUUUGGAAGCUUGAGUAUCGGUGAACAUGUUGAGAGCACUGAAAUCUCCUUAGCGGGGAGAAUAAUGAACAAGAGAUCAUCCUCUUCAAAACUACACUUCUAUGAUCUUCACGAAAAUGGUGCUAAAAUUCAAGUGAUGGCAGAUGCAAGGCAUUCCAACAUGGAUGAAAACGAGUUCUCUAACUACCACUCAGGGGUGAAGAGAGGUGACAUUGUAGGGAUCAGUGGUUUCCCUGGGAAGAGUCAAAGAGGGGAAUUAAGUAUUUUACCUAAGUCAUUCGUGGUACUCACCCCAUGCCUUCACAUGUUACCAAGGCAUACAGUCACCUCCAAUAGUGACGAAGCACAGUCUAAGAAGAAAACAACUGAUCAUUCAUGGACCCCUGGAAUGACAAGAAAUCCAGAAACUUACACUCUCCGAGAUCAGGAAACUCGAUACCGUCAACGUUAUCUAGACCUGAUGUUGAACCCAGAAGUUCAGCAAGUAUCCAGGACCAGGGCCAAAAUCAUAUCUUACUACAGAAACUUCCUUGAUAAUCUUGGAUUCGUAGAGGUAAAAACUCCUGUGAUGACUAUGACUGCUGGAGGAGCUGCAGCCAGGCCAUUCAUUACACAUCACAAUGAGUUGGAUAUGAAGCUCUAUAUGCGUAUUUCCCUAGAACUGUACCUCAAGAAACUGGUUAUCGGUGGGCUUGAUCGUGUUUAUGAGAUUGGGAAAGUAUUUAGGAACGAGGGAAUGGAUCUAACUCAUCUGCCAGAAUUCACAUUGUGUGAAUUUUACAUGGCCUAUGCAGAUUAUAAUGACUUGAUGGACCUAACAGAGAAGUUGUUAUCAGGUAUGGUGAAGGAGCUGACAGGCUGCUAUAAAAUAAAGUAGCAAGGUAAUGGCUUCGACAGUGAACCUAUAGAAAUCGAUUUUACUCCACCUUUUAGAAGGAUGGAUCUGAUAGAGGAGUUGGAGUUGGAGUCUAGAGCAAACCUCAGCAUACCCAAGGAUCUUUCCAGUGAAACUGCCAAUAGGUAUUUAUUGGAAGCUUGUGAAAGAUUUGAUGUCAAAUGCCCUCCUCCGCACACCACAACCCGGUUGUUAGACAAGCUUGUAGGCCAUUUUCUUGAAGAAACUUGCAUAAAUCCUACUUUCAUUAUCAACCAUCCUGAGACCAUGAGUCCACUAGCAAAGUGGCACAGAUCAAAACCAGGCUUAACCGAGCGCUUUGAAUUAUUUGUCAACAAGCGAGAGCUAUGCGAUGCAUAUACCGAACUGAAUGAUCCUGAAGUACAGCGCCAGAGAUUUGCUGAGCAGCUGAAGGAUAGACAAUCGGGUGAUGAUGAAGCAAUGGUUUUGGAUGAAUCAUUCUGCACUGCUUUGGAGUAUGGACUGCCCCCAACUGCUGGACUGGGAAUGGGUAUUGAUCGGCUGGCAAUGUUGCUUACUGAUUCACCAAAUGCUAAGGAAGUUCUCCUGUUUCCAGCCAUGAAGCCUCCGGAUUAGAACCCUCUUAAUUCUUAUUCUUACAAGUUACAAUGGCGACCCUGAAAUUGAAACCAGACAGAAUAUUUCACUUUAAUCACUUGGCAGAUUGUUGUAUAUGUUGUUGUCUGUCACUAAUUGGCCAUUCCUCUGGCUAAUUGGAGAUAAAUAUCAUAUGUUAAAAUAAUAUGAUUGUUAUUAAACAAUUAAGGAUGUAAACGAC